AUAGUGAGUUGAGGCAUGCUGCUCACUCAAGGUACAGUUUGGCCAUUCGAGUCGCAAACUCGCUCUAAUUUUCGUAAUCCAACACUGCGAUUAUGGAUUAAGGCUUACAUUUAUUGCCGUGUUUGUGUUUUUACUGGAUUAUAUUUUAUACGUUUCUUCAACUUUUCCUACGACUUUUAAAUCUGCAUAUGUUCGCUGGUUUGCAAGUUUUGUUUCAACGCGGGCAGGCAUAUCAUGUUCAUCAUUAGAUAAUGAUACUUUAUUUAUAGCUUAUAUUCGAUAUAACGUACUCGAUAUAAUAUAUAUUACCGAUAUGAAAAAAUUUUAUAGAUUAAUGUUUUCUUCUCGCUCUCCUACGUAUAAAAAUCUUCUGCGAAUUCUGCUAAUUGCAUCGUGAUGUAAACUUAGAUUAUAAAAAAUUUGUUUUAAGCGUGAUGGAUGUUAGCGCGAGUAGUCUUUUCCUUUUGCUUUCAUUCGUGUAAUUAAAAAAACUUAAGCAUCUACGCAUAUAUAGAGAAUUUGUUUGACAUCUAAUUUUACUUAUGUAUUUUUUUUGCAGUGAAAAGUGAACCGGUUGAAUCGCAUUUUGCGUCGUCGGUGUACGCAAACACAGAUUGUACGAAUACCAAUUCAGGUGUUGCAUCCCCACCGUCUUAUCCCUACUUUAACAGUAAUUCGAGUAGUCCUGCAACGAAUACAGCAAAUUACUUAGGAGAAAGUACUCCAAACGACGGAGACAUAAACGAUUCUGCGGCGACCACAACGUCGACUACGACGUCAAACGAUACUGCAAUGCAGGCCUACCAUAAUGCGGCGUCAUUCGGCGUCCAAGGAUCCCCUUAUUACCAGACGCAAGGACUCUAUGGAAGUCUUAAUCCGUCUGCCUACACUACUGACACGGCUAAGCAAUUAAAAGGCCAAUCAUCAAGUACGACUAAUGGUCAAGCUACUAAUUAUGGCUCGUAUUUUCCAUCAAGCUACUAUGGUGCAUACGCCAACAACGGUCAGAAUGCGGCAGCCUUUGCGGCAGGACAAACGACGGCGUCUGCCGAUUAUUGUUCCUACUACUACAGCCAAGCUCAAAAUCCUUACUACUAUUCCUACUUAAACGCCACGUCGAACGCAACUACAACGCCGACAACGCAAACUUAUCAGCUACUACCUCCCACUUCCACCGACGUAUCGUUCGCUGCUGGCCUUCCCACCAGUCCUUCACCUCCGCCUGCCAAAGAAGCGUCGAGAAACAGAAGUAGGACUAGGAGAACGAAUAAUCCAUCACCAUCACCCGAAAACGAUUUGGAACGUGUGUUCGUUUGGGAUUUGGACGAGACGAUUAUUAUAUUCCAUACACUGCUUACUGGUUCAUUUGCUCAGCGAUAUCAAAAGGACGCGCAAGCAUCCGUAGCGUUAGGCCUGAGGAUGGAAGAAAUGAUCUUCAGUUUGGCCGACAACAGCCUCUUCUUCAACGAUUUGGAGGACUGUGACCAAGUUCACAUCGAUGAUGUCAGUUCGGAUGAUAACGGGCAAGAUUUAUCUAAUUACAACUUCGCUCAGGAUGGCUUCCACGCAGCUGCAUCAAACGCUAACCUAUGUUUAGCGACAGGCGUUCGUGGAGGCGUCGAUUGGAUGCGAAAAUUGGCGUUCAGGUAUCGAAGAAUAAAGGAAUUGUAUAAUACGUACAGAAGCAAUGUCGGAGGUAUGCUGGGACCGCAAAAGCGGGAUCAAUGGUUGCAGUUGAGGGCCGAAAUUGAGACAAUGACUGAUAAUUGGUUGACUUUGGCACUUCGUUCACUCAACAUUGUUCAUGAGAGGUCAAACUGCGUGAAUGUACUAGUCACGACGACUCAACUUGUGCCCGCCUUAGCCAAGGUCUUGCUCUACGGAUUGGGAGGCGUUUUCAACAUAGAGAACAUUUAUAGCGCCACCAAAAUCGGAAAAGACAGCUGCUUCGAACGAAUACAAUCGCGCUUCGGUCGCAAAUGUACUUACGUAGUUAUUGGCGAUGGAAGAGACGAGGAAACCGCAGCUAAAAAGCAGGUCAAUUGGCCGUUCUGGCGAGUUUGUCAACAUAACGAUUUAGCCGCUCUCCACCACGCCUUAGAUUUAGGCUAUUUGUAGUCGCGGUGCAGAUUAUACUCGAAAAAAAAAUGGAAAGAAAAUUCUGUAUACGAACUAUUAAAAAUUCUCUUAAAAUUUUCUUCUCUUUUUUUUUUUUCAUAUAUCGCUUUUACAGAUAUACCAUAUACUUUUACGUUUAUGCUAUUAUAUUACUUUGUCCGUUGUGCUUGUCGACAAUUUGUAAAAAGUUC